AUGUUUAUCUCUCAGCCCUUCUUGUGCGCACUAGUUUUGGGCUCCGUGGUCGCCGCAGUGGACGUCGACAUCAACGAUGUCCCCUCCCAAUGUCGGCAGAUCUGUGAUCCAGUGGCGAGUCUAACUGCCUCCUGCGACCGCAAAAACCAGGAUGACACCCAGGAACUCGACUGCAUCUGCAAGGAUUCCAAAGCGCCCACCAGCAUCCCGUUGUGCGAGGCCUGCAUUGCGCAGAAUAGCCGUGAUGGACAUGAUAACGAUGCCAACGAUCUCGUGCGAUCAUGUUCAUUUUCAACCACGUCUUACAACCCAACCUCCUCAGUCACUGCAACAGCAACUGCCACCACCAAUAGAGUUACCGGAACCUCAACUAGUCCCUCCACCACUACAACAUCGGGCUCCGCCGCUGACGUCACUUCCCAAUCUACGCUGGGACUUGUGGGCUCCGCGUUAAUAAGCUUAUUUGCUCUCUUGGGAGUUUAA